GCGGCCUCGAAGCCGUCCGGUCCGUCGGCGAGGGCGCCGAUCUCCCUGAUGCCGCCGUCGAUCUCAACGUCUCCGAUUUCGAGACCGCGCUGAGGGAAUCCCCGGCCAGCUUCGCCGUCGUCGAGUUCUUCGCUCACUGGUAGCGCCGUUCCUUCCUUAUUAUCGCUCCGUUCUCUCCACUUGAAUCGAAAGUUAUGGCUUUUAGAUCGAUUUGAUCGUUGUGGAUUUUAAGGAAAGAAAAAGAGUCUCAGGCGAUAUGAAAUUGCAUUUCUUUCGGUUAAGACUCGUUUUUGAUGAUACUGAUGUUUGCGUAUUCGUGCAUUCGAUUUGGUUCGCUUAUUAAUCGGUCUAUAAAAUAUUUGUUAUUUUUGGCGCAUCUUCCUUGCCCUGACAUGGUCGUUUUACUAGUGGAGUCAGUUGGAUUUGAUCCAUGCUUUGAUCGGCGUGCAAUCAGAAACUGUAGUAGUAACUGCUUAGUUGAGCAUUUGCAUUUGGAAUUUUUUAAUUCGUUUGUCUUUAUACAAAACACAUUGAUCUUAUGGAGUCAUUAAACCAAAAUAAAUAAAUAGUAUUCUUAGUGUUAUGAGGAAAGUUUUGCCUGUGUUUUUGUCGUGGAACUGAUAUAGCAUAAAUGUAAAGGAGAUAGAGGAAUAGAAGGGAAUGGAAAUGGGAAGGAAGAGAUAUUAUCCCGUGAUUCCUUCACAUUGUUUCUUAAGGGGAAAGAAAAUGAUGAACUUUAUACCUAUUGUUUCUUUAGAGAGAUCGUAGAGGAGGAAGAAUCAUGUCAAUCAUUUUACCUUCACUGUUCCAUUGUAAUAAAAAAAAAACUACUGGUGUCCCAUUGAAACAUGAAAAAAAGGAUCUGCAAGCUGUCCAAAUGGCCUAGAUAUGCCCCCAUAACUUCCAAGACAUGUUCAUUGGCAAUUCUUGUAGAGGCUAGUGAUGCCAGGAGUUAUCCUAUUUGUCAACUACAGAUGUUGCAUGGUGGCACAAUCAAUGUUCGACAUACGUAGAGACUGCCUAUCAAGACAGAUUUCCCUUGUCGUCCGAUCAUACCUUUUCACAAACUUCAGACAUUAUAGUCAAUAGGAUGAGCUGCUGUUGACUACCUCCCUUCCACCCAUAGCCAUGCAUUUUGUUGCACUAUCUAUCCAGUGCUUUAGUGGAAUGAAGAUCAUCAAGAUUCUCCUAACAUCAUGCCUUAGCUCAUUUUCUGAUCAACUAAAAAUUGCAUGUUGUAUCUAAAUUGUAUCACAUGCUGACAGAAUCCUUUUAUACCAUUUGUAAGGAUAGGUCAAACCCAUCUAUUUUAACAUCAUGUCUUGAUUUUUUUUUUGUCUUGUUGGAGAAAGGAAAGGAUCAUUCCCACAAGUGAUGAAGGGUUGGAUUUGAUUUCAGGACCUUGUGCAACACAAUUAAGAUCCAAAGUUACUUGGCACCUUACCUCAUUCGUAACUAAUAAAAUAUAUUCAGAAUUGACUUUACUACAAUAACCUGAAACUCCCGUGACACUGGAAUGAAUCAACAUUCUUACUAAUCAUUACCAACGAAUUCAUCCAAAAGAUCCAACACAAACACAAACAGCCUCUAACAAUACUGAAACCAUUUGAAGAUAAGAAGAAUCAAUCUAAAAUUUUGGAAGCCAUAAAAUUCAAUUUAUUGUGUCUUAUCUCCAUAAACUUUUUCUUAUUGAUCUCACAUAUUAAAAGCUGACCUAUAUAUAAAAGUUGAAAGGCAGAUGAUUGUGCAUCCUGUGUUAAUUUUGUCCCUAGAUUUAACGCUUGAGGAAUCUUUCUCUUCACUUUUUCAUCAUAUGAACUUCUUGUUUUGUUAUUUAUAUGUACGGAAAUCAUCCAUAUUCCUUAAAUAUAUUAUAAACUGGGAAUUUAGAAUCUUGAUACAUGUUAUCCAACAUCAUAAUUGAGUACUUGAAAGAGUAUUCUAAUUGGUCAAUUAUGUCACACUUUAUGAUCAUUCGGUCAUAUCUGUAUCAUUGUUUGUAAAAAACACCAGGGGUGUAUGAAAGUCCAGUAUAAAACAUAGUCUUAAAUUGUUUGGUCUGAAAAUUCAAGCUGUUGAUCUUCGACGUAAAAAUCUUGAAGAUGUGUUUGGAGAUUGAGCCUUGAGUGAUUCCAUUUUAGUUACAUUUUACAUUGUUUCUUUGACUUUUCUUGUAGAUUCAAUCAAGUAAUGAUAAAUUCAAGCAAGUUAGUCAAAGGCUGUUAUUUUAUUUUAUUUUUACUCUAAUCCAUUUAAGUCGCAUACUCUUCACCAGAUUCCUAGUCUGAAUAUUUCGUUGACAUUCAAAGAAAAUAUUAUCUUCUAGAUGUGCCACUUGAUCAUUUCAUAUAUUCUGAUUGCAGUAUAUCUGCUGUUUCUUGGGAUGUGAACUCAAGAUGAACAAUUAGAGCAGUGCUUCUUUGUUUUGGUGUCCUGCGUGCAGAAACUAUAAGCCUCAUUAUGAGAAAGUUGCAAGGAUUUUCAAUGGGCCUGAUGCUGUGCAUCCUGGAAUUGUUCUGAUGGCACGAGUUGAUUGUGCGUUGAAGAUAAAUACGAAUCUUUGUGAUAGAUUUUCAGUUGGUUUCUAUCCUAUGCUAUUGUGGGGUCCUCCAGCUAAAUUUGUGUCUGGUAGAUGGGUGCCUAAACAAGAAAAUGGUGAUUUACAAUUGAUUGAUGAUGGAAAGACAGCAGAUCAAUUACUCAAUUGGAUAAACAAAAAACUUGGCAGCUCAUUCAACUUCGAUGAUGCCAGAUAUGAAAAUGAAAACACAUUAGCUAAGAAUGCCUCGGAUCUUGAACAGAUUGCGCAUGCUAUUUACGACGUUGAAGAAGCUACAGCAUUAGCUAUGGACAUAAUCAUAGAACAAAAGAUGAUCAAGCCAAGUACCGGAGCGCCAUUUAUAAAAUUUCUCCAGCUUUUGGUGGCACAUCACCCUUCAAAAAGGUGUCGAAGAGGAAUUGCUGACCUACUUGUAAGCUUUGACGAUCUGUUGCCUUCAGGUCCACUUUCAGAAAACGCCCCUAUUCUGCAAGAAUAUGACAUACUUAAAUCCUAUCGAAUCUGUGGCAAGGAAGUUCCUCGUCAAUAUUGGAUAUUUUGUCGUGGGAGUAAAGAUGAUUCAAGAGGCUUCAGCUGCGGCCUGUGGGUAUUAUUCCACUCUCUGUCUGUUCGAGUUGCUGACGGAGAGAGCCAAUUGGUUUUCACUACGAUCCGCGACUUCAUCAAGAACUUCUUUGUUUGCGACGACUGUCGUCGGCAUUUCAAUGAAAUGUCUUCGCGUGUUCAGGCACCAUUCAACACGACUCGAGGCCUAAGUCUUUGGCUGUGGAGAGCUCAUAAUGAAGUGAACGAGAGACUCAUGAAGGUGGAAAAGGACAUGGGCACGAGCGAUCCAAGGUUUCCCAAAACAACAUGGCCUCCGAACCAGCUCUGCCCAUCAUGCUAUGCUUCUUCGAGCCCAAAAAAAGGCGUCAACCCGCAAAUUGACUGGAACGAGGAUGAGGUGUAUAAAUUUUUGGUGAAUUAUUACGGGAAGAAACUUGCAUCUUUAUCCAGAGAUACAACUCUGAGCCAGAAGACGGAUGAUAUUGAUGAGCCGAAUGACACUGCAACCUCGAGCAAUGCAGUUGCAGUGCCAAUUGGAGCUGCACUGGCCAUUGCUCUGGCUAGCUGCACAUUUGGAGCCUUGGCUUGCUUCUGGAGAGGCCAGCAGAAGAAAAAGAAAUAUUUGCACCAACUUCAUUCUUUUAAGGACGUAUGAUCUUGGAAUGCAAAUCACAUUCCAUCUGAUGUUCAUCUUGUCUGGAAAAGAUGAACUCAUUUUCUCAAGUUUUUAUUGUUUUAUUUAUCAAGUUUUCAACGUUUUUCGAUUAGUUA